UGUCACACCGAAUGUGACGUGUGCUGUUUAUUUAUAUUUUAAUCUUUAAAUUACCUAAGAACUAAGAUGAUUCCUACUGUAUAAAUAAUAAAUAACACAGCAUAGAUAGAUUCUCAAAUAUGGACCCUAGCGAAGACAUGUGCAAAAGUCUAGCCAAAUGGUUACAAAAAAUCGUCCCCAACAAAACGAGGACCAUUCCUGAAAUAUGUGAUGGAGUUGGAAUGGUUGAUGCUCUGCUUCAAAUCUCGCCUGAGCAUUUUAGUAAACUUGAAUCAAAGAUUAAGAGGGAUGUUGGAGCAAACAACUGGCGUUUAAGAAUAAGCAAUUUAAAGAAGAUUGUGGAAGCUGUGAUAGAAUUUUACCAAGAUGUUCUUACACUACAAGUAUUAGAUAUAGGAGUUCCUGAUGUCAAUCAGAUCGGGGAGAAUAACGAUCCUGUUCAAUUAGCUAAACUUUUGAGAUUAAUUUUGGGUUGUGCAAUAAAUUGUGAGAGGAAACAAGAAUAUAUUACUAUGAUAAUGGACAUGGAAGAAUCUAUUCAACAAAACAUUAUGCAGGCAAUCCAACAACUGGAUCAGGUAACAGGGGGACAAGGCCGUUCAGGUUUAAGUCUAUUAAUUUUAGAUAGUGAUACAAGAGUUAUGAAGCUAGUCAGUGACUUGGAAUCAUCAAAUAAGUCAAGAGAAGCUUUAACACAACAAGUAGAAACUUUGGAACAACAAAUACAAACUCUUUUAGAUGAAAAGAGGUCACUGCAUGAACAAAACCAGAUGUUAAUCGAAAAGGAGGCUAAGAAUCCUCAAGAAAACAUAAGGAAGCAAUUAGAAUCCCUGAAAGAUGAGCUGUUUAAAUCUGAAGUGAUAAGGGAAGAUUUUAAAGGAAAACUUUUUGAACAAGAGAAACAAAUUCUUACCUACCAAGAAAAGAUCAACGAACUUCAAAUAGCUGCUAAUGAAUCAGCUAAACUGAAAGAUGAAAUAGAUGCCCUAACAGAAUCUGCAGGAAAAGUUGUGGAUCUCGAAUUAACAGUGGCCUCGUAUAAAAAGCGUCUGGAAAACUACCAGGAUAUAAAGAGAAAUCUACAAAAGCUAGAAGAAAAACAAAUGGAAUACAUCCAGAAAAAUAUGGAACUUGAAGAAGAAUUGUCAAAAAACAGUACUUGGAAAGCACAGUGUGAGGUAUACAAAAACCAAAUAGUAGAAUUACAACAAAAACUUGAUGAAGAAGCUCAAAAAGCUGACAAAGCCCAAUUUAACUUGGAUAAAAUUAAAGCCAAAUUAAUUAGUUUACAAGGAGAAAAGGAAAGAUUGAUUCUAGAAAGGGAUACUUUAAAAGAAGAAAACGAAGAAUUAAAACUUGGUCCAAGGGAAAGUGGAGCAGCUGUUUCCCAAGAACUGACCCCAACAGAAAUGGAGAAAAGACUUAAGCUUAUGGAAAAAGAAAAUAAAACGCUUAGAAGUUCUAGUCAAGAAAUGGAAUCAAAACAACUACAACUCGAUAGUGCUCUUAACAGAAUCGAGAAACUUCAACAAAAAAAUCGAACUCUAAAUCAGACAGUAUUAAAAUUAGAAGCACAAGUGGAAGAGCUUAAGACACAGCAAUCGGAAGUUCAAGGAACUUCUAGUGGCAGUUCAAUAGUCAAAGAGUAUAGGCAAAAAAUAAUUGCCUACCAAGAAGCUUUAGCGUCUAAAGACAAUGAAUUACAAUCUUUACAAACUAAAUACAACAGAAAUGUUGGAAGAGCUCGUGAAGUAGCACAACAACUUGAAUUCAAAUCCAAUGGCGAUUCUGAUAACGCUUCACUAAGGCAAUCUAACAUAAAAGAACUGGAAGAGCGACUGAUUACUGCCGCUUUUAAUAAACUAAGUCUGAAUUGUCACAGAGAAAGUAUGGAUGAGAGAUUAAGCGUUCUACAUGGAGGACAAGGGCAGUCUUUCUUGUCAAGACAAAGACAGCCUACUCCAAGAAAACCCAUUCAGAGAUUCAAACCUAAAUAAGAAAAGUACUGUAACGCUAGUUUACUGAGUGAAAAUAAUUUAUUUUAAUCUAGUUAUGCACGAGUUGUAAAGAUUUUUAUUUAUUAUAGACUUUAGUAGGAAAGAAUAUUAUUCCCAAUUAUAUUUAUGUAUUGGGUUGAUAUAAUAUAUGGCACAUCUCGUUCUAAACUGUAACAACUCAAAAUAUUUGCUUUGAUUAUAUCCCAAUAUAUUUUUUAUUUUAGUCACUAUACAUUUCAUUUUUGUGUCAAUAUUUUACUUGUUACAACUGGGCUAGAGUCAGAUAGAAAAAAUAUUAUUAAAAGAAAAUAACUAAAAAACAUUUUCAUUUGAAAUUAUACAGUUGUCGUAUAAAAAUUUGAUUUACAACACUUUUUCCUAAAAAAAUUCUAAAACACAUAUGUGUUACAUGCUCGCUUUGUGGAUUAAUACGUUUUUCACCAGAAACUAGCACAAGAAACACAAGUUUUGUCAGGUUCAAAUGAAGAGUAUAGGGAAAAACAAGGAAUGUCACAUUUUAUACAUAUUGAGAUAAACACCAAUAAAGGUUUAAUUCUUAUGAUAUCUAAAAACUACUUAGGAGAUUCUUAGCAGAAUUCUAGCAAUUCUUAUUCUAUAAUCUUAAUAUAAUAUGAAUCUAUAUUAACUUACUAAUAUAAUAAUGCACCAAAAAACUGUUAACGUUCCUUAUUUUUGUUCAGUGGCAUGCGGACAAUACUGGUCCUUCGCCUGGAUAUAAAUUCUUAGAAAAUUUAUAUAGACUGAUCUUUCUGUUUAUUGUCCUGAAUCGAUAGCCUAGUCGAUAGCACUUAGUUUUUGCUACCACGUGGCAAGAAACGCCAAAAUUAAUGAAAAAGUGACAUUCCUUGUUUUUCCCCUGUACUCUUCAAAUGAUACCUGUUUUUACCAGACUAUGAGCUUUAAUUUUUAGUUGUGACAUAUUGGUUUGCUUCAUCUACUGAUAGGCCAGGGUAAUAAGACAAAAAUAUACCCUGUCCGUGACACUUCAGCAGCCAGGGUACUGAAGCGUUUUGUCUACAAGUAAUACCUAUAGGAACAAAUUGUAACUAUUUCCUGCGUAGGAUCUGGCGACCGUUUUUAUUUAUAAACAAUUAACUGUCAAAAAAUGGCAUUUUUCCCUUUUUUUUUAAAUCAAUGGAAAACAGUGAAACUUAUGAUUUUUUUAGUACAAAUAUCUUUCGAGAUUAUGGAAAAAGCUUUAAAAGGACAUAUUACAAAGUUUUAUAUACUCAUUUAUUGUUAAUAUAGUUGCCAAAAAAGGUCGGAAUUGCAAAAAAAAUUAUUUUCGCAAUAACUGCUGUAUAAAUUAGUGUACAGGUUUGAAAUUUUUGUCAAAUGAUGGUUCUUUGGUGCUUAAUAUGUGAUAAAAAUUUCAAAGCGAUUCAUUCAGUUGUUUAAAUUUUAUUCGAAUUGUUUAUCUCAGCAAUGCUCGAGAGAGCAUUUUUUUUUGCAAUAACAAAGUCAGAAAAAAAUGACGUUAGAACCAUUCCACAGGUGUCAAAUGGAAGAGCAUGAGCUAUAUUUUCAACUUGGUUUAAAGAAAGCGAAUAAAAAAUGCAUUUAUUAGUAAUAAAUAAUUAUGCAAAAGUAUCGUAAAUCUUUCCUUAUAAACUUUUUGAAUAACUUUUUCCAAAAAAAUAACUUUUUUACCCUGUUUUAAGUGCACAACUACCAAGUAAUGUUAUUUAUAUCAUAAUUGAUAAAAAAUUGUAAUAAUUAUAUAUAAUUUCUUAUAUAACAAAAUAAAAAGUUUAUAAGGAAAGAUUUAUGAUACUUUUGCAUAAUUAUUUAUUACUAAUAAAUGCAUUUUUUAUUCGCUUUUUUUAAACCAAGUUGAAAAUAUAGCUCAUGCUCUUUCAUUUGACACCUGUGGAAUGGUUCUAACGUCAUUUUUUUUGACUCGUUAUAAAAAAAAUGCUCUCUGGGAUAAACAAUUUGAAUAAAAUUUAAACAAUUGAAUGAAUCGCUUUGAAAUUUUUAUCACAUAUUAAGCACCAAAGAACCCUUAUAUGACAAAAAUUUCAAAGCUGUACACUAAUUUUUACAAUAGAUAUUGCGAAAUUAAUUUUUUUUUGCAAUUCCGAUCUUUUUUCGCAAUUAUAUUAACAAUAAAUGAGUAUGUAUAUCAAACUUUGUAAUACGUCAUUUUAAAGCUUUUUCCAUAAUCUCAAAGAUAUUUGUACUAAAAAAAACCCAAGUUUCACUGUUUUCCAUUGAUUUGAAAAAAAGGGAAAAAUGCCAUUUUUUGACACUUAAUUGUUUAUAAAUAAAAAUGGCCGCCAGAUUCUACGCAGUAAAUAGUUACAAUUUACUCUUAUAGGUAUUACCUGUCGAAAAAACGCUUUAGUACUCUGGCUGCUCGAGUGUCAUGGAAAAAACCUUAUUACCCUGGACUAUGAAGUAUUUUUAUGGUUGCGAUAUUAUAGUUUUUUGAGGAAAAUGAUGAUUCAUGCUGCAUUUUGUUGGUGAGAUAAACACAAAAAUGAAUUUUUUUGAGUUAAUACACUUUUGAACGGAUGUGCGAUAUAUAUGUCGUAUAUUUUAUAUAGUCAUAACACAUUUUUAUUCUGGAACACUAGUAUACCCACUACCCACUGAUUCUUGGUACUAAUGGUAAAGAAUAAGGUGUGCCUAAGACAACAGAGAUAUUAACCAAAAACUGGAACAUGUUUUAAAAAUUACUAAUUUAAAUUUUAUCAAUAAUAACAUAAUAUACCAAAAAAAUGUUUUAAUUUUUUUUAUUAACGUUAUUUUAUCUAUUUUGAAAUAUGUGUCUCAUGUGAAAGUAAAAUAGGGAGCUUAAAAACUUUUCAAAACCUUUUUGAGUGCCAAAAUUAAAAGAGCUAGAAAAUAAGUGAUAGUUGAAGCAAGUGAAAUAAACUUUUUGUAAUAAUUAAGUAAACAAAACUAUUUUUAAUAAACAAGUAACACACAUUUCAGUAUUAAUACAGUAGGAAAAAUCUCCCCCUGGGAAAAUGUUAAUUGUACAUAUUAUACUUCAAUUAUGUUGAAGUUAUAUUUAUAUUUCAAUUAGGUUAGAUGAAGAAUUAUAUAUUGUAUUACAUUAUAAUAUAUACUAAUUUGUUCGCUAAGAGUAGAUGUAAUAGAUUAAGUAUAAAAAGAUCUACAGUUAGAGGUCUCAUUUAACUGUAUCAAUAGUCUAUGCCACUUCUUUCUUCAAGAUAUGUUCUCAGGAGUGUUUUAAUUUGAAUACAAAAUUGCAAUAUUUGCGUUAAUUUUGGUUGUGCUUUUACUUUUUACCGUUUUCAUACGUUUUUCACUUUUUUAUUAUUUGUUUUAUGUAAAUGCUAUUGUACAGUAAAACCCAUUUAUCUGCAACCGCGAGGAAAAGACACGACAGACGUGCGUUGAUGCGGUGCAAAUGACCUUGAGGGUUUUAGUUAAAUCUGUUCAGUUAUACAAAUCUCAUAAACAGUACUGCUAUUUUCUAGUUCUUUUAUUUUUAAAUGAAAUGUUAUAUAUACUCCAUUAAAAUCUUAAUAUUGUUGUGAUAUAUUUAAAGAUACAUAUUAAACAAUAAAUAAAACUUAACUAUUUGACUUUGAACAGGUUGUUGUACUAUUUUAUGAUAAAUGGUAUUAAAUAGCUAUAUUUUAGAUUUGUUUUUAUUAUGUAUCCUUCUCAUUAUUAGUCUAGGAUAAGGUAUAUUUUGCCUAACCACGAAAUGUAUUCUAGGCACUCUAUCGGUUUAUACCUAUUUGUAGUAAAUAAUUUUUUUAUAGGUACAAUUAGAAAUUUAAAAGUUUUUAUCAAUGACAUUUUUAGAUAUUCAGACUUUUUAUUAUGAAUAGUAGAGUAUCAUGAAGAUAUUCACUGAAUACGUUUUAUGAUUUGAGAUUUUAAUUCCCUGGACCAAAAUUAGUUAUAUAGAAAUUUAUAUAUUUUAAGUAAUAGCGAAUAUAUUUUAUGUUUAAAUUAA